AUGGUGUCGCUCAACCCAAACCCCGCGCAAGGAUUUUACUUCUUCGAUCCAUCCAAUAUGACUCUUCCCGGUGUCAAUUCUAUUCCGCCGCCACCGCCGCCGACGCAGACUCCGACUGCACCCCCCGUGGUGGAGGAUCCGAAUAAGAAGAUCCGGAAACCCUACACGAUUACCAAGUCCAGGGAGAGCUGGACCGAGCAGGAGCACGACAAGUUUCUAGAAGCUCUCCAAUUAUUUGAUCGGGACUGGAAAAAGAUUGAAGCAUUUGUUGGUUCCAAAACUGUUAUCCAGAUAAGAAGUCAUGCGCAGAAGUAUUUUCUUAAAGUUCAGAAGAAUGGAACAAGUGAACAUGUUCCUCCUCCUCGGCCUAAGAGAAAAGCUACUCACCCGUAUCCUCAAAAAGCUCCUAAAAUCACUCCUACAGUAUCCCAAGUUAUGGGCCCACUGCAACCUGCAUCUGCUUUCAUUGAACCUGCAUAUAUUUAUAGCCCAGAUUCUUCAUCUGUGCUUGGAACUCCAGUUACUAACAUGCCCUUGUCGUCUUGGAAUUAUAAUGCUGUACCACCACCAGUCAAUGUGCCACAAGUGACGAGAGAUGACAUGGGAUUGACUGGAGCUGGACAAGCUAUUCCUCUUAACUGUUGCUAUAGCAGUAGUAAUGAGAGCACCCAUCCGACUUGGCCAAGUAGCAAGAAGAUUAAUCAAGGUGACCAAGGCAAGCCAACUAAAGCUCAGGGAACCAGGGUUCAGGUGGCCAGUGUGAAUGGCGAGUGGAGAAAGACUCACCGGAAAUCAGCUUCUUAUUCAUAUAGAUUUUACUUAUCAAUAGCUAUAAAGUAUGGUGACUGA